GCAAGACUGCAGCAUCUUCAUCUGAGCGGUUCCCAAAAAUCGCAUCUCUUUCCAACAUUUUUUAUCCAUUCUCUGCGUUCUCUCCCUUCCAGACCUUCCUGAAAACCCACCCUAGCCCUUUUGCACCGACCUGCAAGGAAUCUUCAUGCGAGAAUUGAAGAGCACCUAGCAAACAAUAUUUUUGUUUCAUUUCUUUUUCCGUUUUCAUUUACUUCGCCUCUUUGUUGACCACGCAUCAGCACAUAUUUUUGUUUUCUUAUUUUUGUUUACUUAGGCCUUGUUUUCAGUGUUUCCACUGUGAUCGUGUAGCAUCGCCCUGUAUGACGGUAAAAGUGCGAAAAUUAUACCGUGAAAAGCUAUAAUACGUGUGAAGAAAUCGGGGAAAGAUUAAACGUUCUGAAGCUGCACGUUUAGUGACCGGGGAGCAGGGGAGAAAUAAUUUGGGAUUUUUAUAGAUGUGACGUUUCUUCAAUCCAGCACCAAGCAUUGCCUUUGUCGAAUAAGGCUUCAGCAAAUACAUACGGCGUAUCAUUUCGGUGUUUUGAAGAAGGGUGGAUAAAGCGUAAGAGAUCUCUCUCUCGGAAGAGAACGACAACGUCAGAGACGCAUUUCUAAUUCUUUAACGCCCCGCUUAUUCAAGAGCCUUUGUUUCGUGUGUUGCAUUGAGGGAUAACACAGUUUUUAUUCAAGCUGCUAUGAAAAUGAUGGCUGGCGGGGCAGUUCAACAGAACGGGAUUUUCUCGAAUCCUCACCAUCACAAUCAACAGCCACACAUGGAGUCGGAUCCCCCAGAUUCCCGUAAAAGACCGCUGGAGACCCCGACCGAGGCGAGCAGCACCAAGCGCACAAACACGGGAGAGGAGGGCGAGUAUUUCCUGAAGGUGCUGAUCCCCAGCUAUGCGGCCGGCUCCAUCAUCGGAAAAGGGGGGCAGACCAUCGUCCAGCUGCAGAAAGAGACAGGGGCCACCAUCAAGCUGUCCAAAUCCAAAGACUUCUACCCAGGAACGACGGAGAGGGUGUGUCUGAUCCAGGGCACGGUGGAGGCCCUGAACGGGGUCCACAACUUCAUCGCGGAGAAGGUGCGCGAGAUGCCACAGAGCGCCCAGAAGACCGAGCCGGUCAGCAUCCUGCAGCCGCAGACCACCGUCAACCCCGACCGCAUCAAGCAGGCCAAGCUGAUCGUGCCCAACAGCACAGCGGGGCUGAUCAUUGGCAAGGGGGGAGCCACAGUGAAGGCGGUCAUGGAGCAGUCAGGCGCGUGGGUCCAGCUCUCCCAGAAGCCCGAGGGUAUCAACCUGCAGGAGCGCGUGGUGACCAUCAGCGGGGAGCCCGAGCAGAACCGCAAGGCUGUGGAGAUCAUCGUGCAGAAGAUCCAGGAGGACCCCCAGAGCAGCAGCUGCCUCAACAUCAGCUAUUCCAACAUCUCGGGCCCCGUGGCCAACUCCAACCCCACCGGCUCGCCCUACGCCAACUCCGCCGAGGUGAUGCCGGCCGCCGCUGCGGCCGCCGCGGCCACUGCCUCCAGCCUCCUGGGCCAGGCCAGCCUGGCAGGGGUAGGGGCCUUCCCCACCACCAUGUCAAGCUUCUCGGGCAACGACCUCCUGGCCAUCACGUCCGCCCUCAACACGCUGGCCAGUUACGGAUACAACACCAACUCCCUGGGCCUGGGCCUGAACCCGGCCGCCGCUUCCGGAGUCCUGGCGGCCGUGGCGGCCAGCGCCAAUCCCGCCGCGGCCGCAGCCGCCAACCUCCUGGCCUCGUACGCCAGCGACGCCUCCACCAGCGCCGGCCACCCGGCCGCCACCCUGGGAGGCUUCACCCUGGGCUCCCUGGCAGCCGCCACCGGCGCCACCAACGGCUACCUGAGCGCAGCGUCGCCGCUGGUGGCCAGCUCUCUCCUGGCCACCGAGAAGCUGACCGAAGGGGCCAAGGACGUGGUGGAGAUCGCCGUCCCGGAGAACCUGGUGGGCGCCAUCCUGGGCAAGGGCGGGAAGACGUUAGUGGAGUACCAGGAACUGACGGGAGCCCGGAUCCAGAUCUCCAAAAAAGGGGAGUUCAUCCCAGGCACCCGGAACCGUAAAGUUACCAUAACGGGCUCGCCAGCUGCCACGCAGGCCGCCCAGUACCUGAUCAGCCAGCGGAUCACAUACGAGCAGGGCGUGCGCGCCACCAACCCCCAGAAGGUGGGCUAAAAAAAAACGGGA